UGGUCUUCUUCUUUUCCCCCCCAUGUUCAAACAUACUCAAUUGAACAUUUCUUUUGCAGUUUCUACACCAUACAUCUAUAAUGACGACCGGAAGCUGCUCUUGCACCCACAUCCGCUACAACACCACGCGCCCCCCGACCAAACUCGUCAAUUGCCACUGUACAACCUGUCGCAAACAAUCCGGCGCUCCCUACCAAACAUGGGCGCAUUUUGAUGUCUCCCAAGUAACCUGGAUCACUUCCCCACCAACAACCCGCUCCUCCAGUGCCAUCGCAACACGCGGUUUUUGUCCGAAAUGCGGGUCGAGUCUUACUAUGGCUUACAAGAACAUGCCAGAGUUAAUCGGGAUACCGGCGGGAACAAUUGACCCGGGAAGUGAUGGGGAGGAGAUCCCAAGACCGGAUUGCCAUAUUUUUUUAGAGGAGAAGGCGGGGUGGUUUGAAGUGCCGGGGGAUGGCCUGGAAAGGUUUGAGAGGCAUUUCAUGGGGUAGGGUUGGUGUGGAAGUUGGGUGUUUGCCAUGGACCUUUUCUGGUUAACUAGUAUUCUUCGGAUUAAUGAAACGGGGCAAUGGCCUCCUUUUCUUUAGGGGAAAGCAGAGCUGUAGAGAUCCAUGCGCUAAAUGUCGAUUGUGCCGGACAC